UCCGCCGCAGCUCCUAUAAAAGGGACGCCGUCGUCGGAAGAGGCAUCAGUCAUUCGUUGCAUCCGGCCCACACACGAGCAGCGAUGAGGAUCGUGUCGACUUUAGUUUUUCUGGCGGUGAGUACCGCGUCCCUUGCAAAGGAAGAUGGCACUAAGAAUGGAGGCAAGGCCGCGAAGAACGAAAAGCGAGGGCUGUUCGGCCUCGGAGAUGGCGGCUUCGGCGGCGGAUACGGCGGCGGCUUCGGAGGCGGCCACGACUUUGGAGGCGGCUUCGGCGGCGGCGGCUUCGGAGGCGGACACGGAGGAGACCUGGGUGGAGGCUUCGGAGGCGGCUACGGGGGAGGACUCGGCGGAGGCUUCGGAGGCGGAGUUGGCGUCAGCGAAGGCAAGAUCAAGGCCAUCACCAUCACCAAGGAAGUGCCCGUACCCGUUCCACAGCCGUACCCCGUCACAGUGGAGAAGAAGGUCCCCUACCCUGUGAAAGUCCCCGUGAAGGUCCCCGUGGACAGGCCGUACCCCGUCCCUGUGCCGAAGCCCUACCCUGUCCCUGUUGAGAAGCCGGUGCCCUACCCGGUGAGUGUACCCAAGCCUGUCCCUGUGCCCGUGCCCCACCCUGUGGUGGUGAAGCAGCCUGUGCCAGUCGUCGUUAAGGACAGCGGGUACGGAGGCGGCUUCGGCGGAGGUUUCGGAGGAGGUCUUGGCGGAGGCCACGGCGGCUUCGGCGGAGGAUUCGGAGGGUCGUCUUUCGGUGGUCACGGAGGAUACGGAGGUGGCGGCUUCGGUGGACACGGAGGGUUUGGCGGUGGCAGCUUUGGCGGUCACCACUAUAUAAAAGAGGCACCGUCCACUCCACGUUCAUCAGUGAGGUCCAUCUUUCUACUGGAUUACUGCUACUGUGCGACGAUGAAGACUCCGGUGUGUGCUGUACUUCUUUCAUUGUUCCUCCUGGUGAGAGGAGAAGACGCAGAACCGAAAACAGAAGGAAGGGACAGCAAGACGCAGAAGCGAGGAUUACUAGGCCUAGGUUUUGGGGGAUAUGAUACUGGUUAUAUUGGACAUGGUGGAUACUACGGAUCAGGCUAUGGCGGAUAUGGCGGCUACGGAGGAUACGGCGGGUAUGGCGGAUACAACGCCUAUGGAGGAUACACAGGCUUCCCCAGUAGCUACGGCGUGAAGACGGUGACCAUCACGAAGCCUGUCCCCGUGCCGUACCCGGUGACCGUGGAGAGGAAGGUCCCCGUGCCUGUCAAGGUUCCAGUCACGGUGCCCGUGGUGAGGCCAUACCCUGUCAAGGUACCCCAGCCAUACCCUGUGCCCGUACCCAAGCCGGUACCCUACCCAGUUUCCGUGCCAAAGGCAGUGCCCGUGCCAAUCCCGCAGCCUGUAGUGGUCAAGCAGCCAGUCCCAGUUGUCGUCAAGAGCACGGGCUUUGGAGGACUCUACGGUGGCUUUGGACACUCUGGAUAUGGCACCAGCUACGGUAGCUAUCUAGGACACUCUGGAUAUGGCACCAGCUACGGUAGCUAUCUAGGACACUCGGGAUAUGGCAGCCUUGACUACUUUGGUACCAGUGGCUUCGGUCACCACUGAUGUACUGGAAAACAUAGAGUUUAACACACAGUUUCUAUAAAUGCUCACAUCUAAGCGUAUGUCACACCAGCUGCAACAUCAGCUUAUCAACUAAUUACUACUCUUGUACUGUCUGCAACCAUGAACUGCAUUACUACUAAAACAUGAAAGCCAAUUGUCAGUGUACAGAUUGUUGUUUGCCGAUAAUAUUAAUCCACUGUCAAGUGAAACAUUUGUAUUAAAUUUAGUGUAAUCAUAUAAAUAGAGUAAGGAUAUGUGCUGUAAAUUACUAAAUAAACUGAUACAAUGAA